GCCUCAAGUUAAAAUUGUGCAGACAUCGGCAACUAUUUUAAAUCAAAAUACGCUACAGUGCGUGCGUGAUGCGUGCUUGAACGUGCUGGUUUUUUGGAUUUAUAUUAUAUUAUUUAAUUAUAUGGUAGUUUAUGUUCUUUUCCUGUACCUCGGCAGAGUCUGGUGAUCCAAAACACAGGAAUGUCCUAGCGUCCUAAAAUAAUUAGGUCAUGCAAAGUGUUCAGUAACAAAUUAUUUAACAAUUAAUACGUAAUCUGCAGCCAUGUCGUUAUAACGAUGAUUUCAUUUUCUUUUGCCGUCGCGUAAAAAGUUUAGGAAGAAGGCCAAGGUGAUACCCAAAUAUGCGAUGCUUUAUCAUAGCAAUAAUAACAAGCAGUUUAUGCUUGGCACAAUCACAGAAUGUAUUUGAUUUUUGGACUGAUAUAUUUCGUCCAUUACCUAAAAAUGUUGACGAAGGAUUCGUACCUGAUUACUUUCCCAAAGAUAAACAAGAAUUCGAUUUUAUUAUCAUUGGCGCAGGCUCUGCUGGCUGUGUUUUAGCUAAUAGAUUAUCAGAAAUAUCGAAAUGGGAUGUUUUACUAUUAGAAUCUGGUGGAAAUGAGAAUUUUUUCUCUGACAUACCAAUCUUUGCACCGUUUCUAUCUAUAACUCCAAUGAAUUGGGAUUAUAGUUCUGAACCUGAGAAGAAAGCUUGUAAAAGUUUAAGAGGAAACGUUUGUUAUAUGCCUCGUGGUAAAGUUUUAGGCGGGAGCAGUGUUUUGAAUUUCCUUAUUUAUCAAAGAGGCCAUCCUGAAGAUUACAAUGACUGGGCACAAAUGGGAAAUGAGGGCUGGAGUUACGAUGAAAUACUGCCUUAUUUCAAAAAAUCAGAAAAUAUGAAAAUUCCUGAGCUUCGUAACUCAACUUUUCACGGAAUUGGUGGCUAUUUAGAUAUAGAUCAUGCCACUUUUUCAUCACCUCUUGAACAAGCGUUUAGAAACGCAGGUCUUGAGCUUGGCUAUGAGUGGAAUGAUCCAAAUGGAGAAAAAGUUAUAGGUUUUUCUAAGCCACAAGCAACUAUACGUAACGGUCGACGAUGUAGUUCAUCAAAAGCUUUUCUAGAACCCGUACGUUUUAGAAAAAAUCUCAAGGUGUCUAAGUUUUCUACUGUGAAAAGAUUACUCAUUGAUCCGGAUACAAAAACAGCGGUAGGAGUGGAAUUUAUGAAGCAUAACAAAAGACGUCGUGUAUACGCCAGGAAAGAGAUAGUUCUUGCAGCAGGUACUAUAGGAUCUGCUCAACUUCUUAUGUUGUCAGGAGUAGGGCCAGGAGACCAUCUUCGUGAAGUUGGAAUUGACACUUUAUUUGAUUCUCCAGUUGGUUAUAACCUGCAAGACCAUGUCACUUUUUCAGGCAACGCCUUUAUCGUUAACCAAACUGGUUUAUGCGUUAAUGAUAUGUUAGCAGCCUCACCUGUAUCGGCUGCAGCAUAUUUAGCUGGUCAAGGUCCUUUGACCAUACCUGGCGGUGCUGCUGGUUUAGCGUUCACUCGUACUCAAUAUGCAAAUGACCUCAGCGAAGGACGACCCGAUCUCGAAUUGGUCAUGGGCGCAGGCUCACUUGCAGGCGACUUUCUUGGAAUCAUUCGAUCUUUAUUGGGAGUCACUGACGACUUUUAUUGGAAGGUCUAUGGAAAUUUACCGCUUCAAGAAAGACAACGGUCUUUUUCUCUCAAUCCUGUGUUGAUACGACCACAAAGUUAUGGAAGGUUGUUACUUAGAAGCGCCAAAUUUGACGAUGCUCCAAAAAUUCACCCCAAUUAUUUUGACCAUCCUGAUGAUAUAAAGGUUUUAAAAGAAGGCAUUCGCCUAGCUCAAAAAGUGAUUGGGACGCGGUUUUUCCAGAAAUAUGGGACGCGUUUAAAUAAUAUUCCAUUUCCUGGUUGUGAACAGUUACGUUUUGAUUCAGACGAAUACUGGGAGUGUGCAAUCAUGCAAACCUCUAUCACUUUGGACCAUCAAGUGGGCACUUGCAAAAUGGGAUCAAAAAGUGACCCCACAGCUGUCGUUUCACCACGGUUAUUAGUCAAUGGAAUCAAGAACUUGAGAGUAGCUGAUGCUUCCAUUAUGCCCCGAAUACCUGCCUCACACACUCAUGCUCCAGUUAUCAUGAUUGCGGAAAAAGCAUCAGAUAUGAUAAAAAACGAUUGGGGAAUACCCAUACAGGCUUACUUUUAAAAAUUUAAUAACCAAAGACUGAAUAACGUGGUGCCACACGUAAACAAGCGUAAACCUAGUAUGACAUUUUCCAUUUAUACUUAUUUUUUUAAACUAACACCUUACUACAUUCAUUCAUUUGUAAGUCACAAAUUUUGUUAAGUAGUUUAUAAGAAAAUUGUUGCUUGUUUUAAAAAAAUACUGAAUACUUCCCCUUUUUAAUUAUCACCUAAUCUGUGUUAUCUAGUCAUUUUAAUAAAAUUUUAAAUACUG